AUGACAGAUAUCGAAAACAUUGCCAACCUCAUCAAAACCGGCCAGGCCCCCCGGAUCGUUGUGCUUGUCGGCGCAGGCAUCUCCGCUGCGGCCGGCAUCCCUGACUUCAGAUCGCCCGAGACUGGCAUUUAUGACCGACUCAAACCCCUUAAGUUGCCCUACCCCGAAGCCAUCUUCCACACCAGCUACUUCAAGCACACCCCCGAGCCCUUCUACGCCAUCGCGCGUGCCAGACACCCGCGCUCCCUCAAACCGACCAUCACCCAUGCGUUUCUCGCUCUUCUGGCGAAGAAGAACCUCCUCCAUUUCCUGUUUACACAGAACAUAGACGGGCUAGAGCAGGAUGUCGGUGUCCCAGAGGACAAGAUCCUCAAUGCACACGGGAGCUGGCGGACACAGCGCUGCUGGAAGUGCGAAACUCCCUAUCCGGAUGAUUUGAUGAAACAAGCGAUCAAUACAGGCAAUGUCCCGUAUUGUCAAGUCCCUGACUGCGGGGGAGCUGUUAAGCCCGACGUGGUGUUCUUCGGACAGCCUCUUCCUGCGGAAUUUGCAGAAAAGAAGACGAAAGUCCCCGAGGCGGAUUUGAUGCUCGUCAUGGGGACGAGUUUAAAGGUCGCUCCGUGCUCGGAACUGCCGCGUUUGGUUCGGGAAGGCGUUCCACGGGUGCUGAUCAAUCGGGAGACGGCAGGAAACUUGGGAAUGCGGCCGGAAGAUGUGUGCAUUUUGGGCGAUUGCGAUGAUGGGGUGCGCAAACUGGCGGAUGCCCUUGGUUGGACCGAGGAGAUGGAGUCGUUAUGGAAGGAGGCCAUUGCGGCCAAAGACGCAGUGCAGGAGGAUUGGGGAGACGAGGAGAGACUGGAAGAGUUGAUCGAUAAGUACGCGAAAACGCUGACGGAUGCCAGGAUGAUUUCUGAUGGCCAUAAGCGGAUGUUGGAGAACCACUUGGGGAAGAAGUUUGCCGAUGUCCUGAACAGGACUCGCCUGGGUCCUGCCAUUCAGCGCAGCUCGUCGGAUGCCCGCCCAGUUGUCCUGAUGACAUGCGGAGUGGCAGGAUCUGGAAAGUCCACUCUCGCGAAAUCGAUCUGCUCUGCCUAUCCGUCUUUCACACGUCUCUCCAUUGACACAUAUAUCUACACUCACCAUGGCCUUUACAACGUGGACUAUCCCGAAAAACACUACGAGAAGUAUCAAACCGAGGCGGAAGCAGCUUUGAAGCGGCAACUUGUCCAUAUUCUCGAACAUGGCGAUGCAAACGUCGUCCUCGAUUUCUCCUUCGCAUUUCGCGAAGUUCGUGAUGAGUGGAAAGUGCUCAUCUCCGAAUCGGGCGGGCGCUGGGUGCUGGUUUAUCUGAACGUGGAUCCAACGGAGAUUCGACGAAGAGUAGCAGCUAGGAACGCAGUGGUUGAGAAAGAUGGAGACUCGGCAUUUUGCCUCACGGAGGAUGUGCUGGAACGGUAUCUUAGAGGAUUUGAACGUCCGGUUGGGGAGGGGGAGAUUGUCGUCAACGUGGAUUGA